CACACAGAACAGAUACGUCUAUAUACGAACAGGGAAGACAGAAACAGACCUAAAACAACAAGUGCGUUAUGUGACCCUGUUCAAGAUGAUAUUACUUUUAGUUGGUCUUUUCCUUGGGAACAUUCCUUCAAUUGCAUUUUCUGCAUCAUCCCAGCAAGAAAUUAACUGCCUUAUCAUAAAUCUGGAAUAUGUUAAUUGCACAUGGACUGAGCAUGAGCACAAUUACAGUUUCAAGAGCAGGUUUGCUCAUAAAGAAACUCUGGACUGUCCAAAAUAUCUCAGGAUUGAUGGUGUUAACAUGGGCUGCAUGUUCCACUACGAAAAACUACUACGGUUUAAUACGUUAAAAACGUGGCUGUACAGUGACAAUGGUCAUUUGGUGACAGAGAAGGAACAUAAUCUCAAAGCAUAUGUGAAGCUUUACCCUCCGGUCAACCUGUCUGUGGUGGAGAAAAAAGACGCUGAACUGUGGCUGUACUGGAAUAUUACAAAUAAUGUCUCCUGCACUGAGAGUGAAGUUCGUCACAGGACAGACAACAAUUCAUGGAAGAACACCAAACCAACCACAAGGCCCUCCUUCAGUUUGCCUUUUCCCUCAAAAAAACGCUAUGAGUUCCAGGUCAGGGCUCGAAUAGAGUCAUCCUGCGGAGAGUCCAAGUUUUGGAGCGACUGGAGUGAGCCUGUCUACUGGGGAUCUUUAAAGAACAACGACACCACAGGGCUUCUGGAUAACAUGUCUGUAAUGUCACUGGUGCUGUGUGUGGCGGUAGCCACAGUAAUCCUCAUCAUACUGUCCUGCUUGCUCGUCCAUAGCGAGAGGUUAAGAAUCAUUUUAAUACCAGUGGUACCAAAUGCAGGACGAAAUGUAAGAGAUUACCUUGCAGCCCUUUUUGACAAUUACGAUGGCAAUGUUGAGAAAUGGCUGUCCAUGCCUAAAGAUCUGGAGAACGGCUUCAAACCCAAUUUCACAGAGCGUGCCUGUCCUGUGCGUGAGUACAGGAUAGUGUCCCAGUCCAGCACUGACAGCGAAAGCAUCCUCUCAAGCCCAACAGACCUGCCGUCAGAUUACCAGUGCAUGCAUAGCUACUCAUCAGCCUCCACCAUACCUGGAUCUUCUGAAACCAUACAAACCCAAGAUCUAUCACUAGUGGAUAAUCCAGUCUAAAUCUUAAUCGGAGGCUAUUAAAGUUGAGAGUUUAGAAAUUAGGCGUCUUUGAAAUUUAAUUUUGAAACUAGAAUCCUGAAAAGAAAAGAUAAACAAUUAAAAAAUAAAAAGGUUUUUUAUAUGUUAUAUAAAUAAUCAAACCAAAAAAAAUCCAGUUUUGGCAUUUUGAAAAUACCUUUUUGCACUUUUAUUUUAUUUUUUUUUAUAAUCAGUUUAGAACAAGGAAUGAAAAACAUUUAAUUGGUUCUCUUUCUCAUGUUAAAGCACAGUAAUGUAGUGUUUGUAACUGAAAUUGUGUUCCUUUUUGUGUUUUAUAUAGUUUGGAGUUGUUGUUGUUUUUUGUAUUAAGUCCGGGGAGUAGCAGCAUAGUGGUCAUGUUUUUUUUAAUUGUGACAAAAGUAUUUUCCACAGUGUUAUGUUUGCUGUUUUCCACAGUAAUGUAGGUGAGAUUUCUAUAGGGUCGCCUGAAGCAAGGCUUUUUUUGCAAGCAGUGACCAUUGUAACAAAGUGUAAAAUGUGUCAGUGAUAACAUAUAUACUUAGUACAAAGUAAAUUCUAAAAUCUGAUUUGUGUACUUUUGGGAAAAUCCCAUCACCUACAAAUCUAUGUAUUAUCUGAUUAUUUAGCUUAGUGAUAUUUGUGAUUCAUGCUGUGGCAAUUUUUAAUGUAGUUGUAGAAGUUUCACUUCGAUUAGACCUAGCUCUGAAACUUUUUCAUACUGUAUCAGAAAAGGCCCUAAAAAGGCAGCUAAAAACUUUAAAUUAUACAUCAUUGAUAGCAAAUGUAUCUUGAUUAAUUGUCUAUUCAUUUAUUUUUGCACUUUUAGCGUUUUGCUCAUCUGUAGUACUCUGAUAACAUUUUUGAACAACAUUCAAGAGACAUUUAACAUUUAGAAUGUGAACUUGCCAUUUUAAGAUGAUUAUAUGUUUAAAGACAAAUAUGAUGCAACAAGAAUGUAAUGCUUUUACAAUCUGAAUAAAAAGAUUGAAAUUUU